AUACUUCCAAUUUUAUAAGAAAAUGUAGUACAAGUUUGUUUUCAAUGUCUGUGAAUAAAGAAUAAUCUGUAAAAAAUGAAGUUCAAAUUUCUACAUAAUUUAUUGUUAAUUUUUAAAUGUAAAAGAUAACGAGAAACACGAUUUGUAAGAUUUAUCCAAUCUAAGAAAACUGUAUUCUCAAAAUUUGUGGGAAACCGUCUCAAUUAACUAUAAGUAAUUUAUGGCUAAAAUAAGGUUAGAAUCUAACCUACAAAUAAUAUUUGAAAUGGUGAAUUUAUUUAUGUAGAGAAAAAUUACACGAACUUUAGAAAAUGUUGUGUUACGACGGAAAACUUAGCUUUUUUGGCUUUAUCGUUGCUGCUGUAAUCGCAAUCGUAUCAGAAGUAUUGUUGAGGUUAGAAUUGAAUAUUCUCCAAGUAUAUUUCAAUAAUGUUUGGCUCACACAUUUAUUUCAACUUGGAUUUUUAAAUAUACUCUUACUUCUUACGUUUCGUGGCUUUUCUUACCAGGUUGCUGUAAGAGCAGUUUUCUUAGGAUAUGUCUUUGGCAUUGGGAUUAUCAUAUCCUUGAUUGCACCAUCUUCGUGGCAAAUGUUCGGAAUAUACAUAACUGUAUUAGCUAUGUUUCAUUACACAGAAUUCUUAAGCAUAGCUUGGAUAAACCCUUCUACUCUUUCUAUCGACAGUUUUAUCUUAAAUCAUAGCAUAGCUUACGGUGUGGCAGCAUGUUCUAGUUGGAUAGAAUUUGUUGUAGAAAGACAAUAUUUUCCUGUGAUGAAAGAAUCUUCCUUUAUAUCGUACUUUGGACUAAUAUUAUGCAUUUGUGGAGAAAUUCUGAGGAAAUUGGCAAUGUUUACGGCUAAGCACAAUUUCAAUCACAUUGUGCAGAGUGAAAAGAUGGAUGAUCAUGAACUGAUCACUUACGGGGUUUACGGUAUUUGCAGGCAUCCUAGUUAUGUGGGCUGGUUUUAUUGGUCUCUAGGAACGCAGCUGAUACUACAAAAUCCAUUUUGUUUUCUUGCGUACACUAUGGCAUCUUGGAAGUUCUUUCACGAUCGUAUUUUAAUUGAAGAAAUUACUUUGCUUAAUUUCUUUGGACAGGACUAUGUAGCAUACCAGAAGAAAGUUAGUACAGGACUGCCUUUUAUAGCUGGCUACAAACUGAAUUUAUAGCAGCCAGUGUGUGUUUGAAACACUCUCUCUGUGUCAAUUUCUCAGGUUUAAUCUUAAUUAUCUUUAUUAAUCUUAGUUAUUUGUAUUAAUAAUCUUUUUUACUACAAUAUUGAAGUAAUUAAGAUAGAAUAAUAUAAUUUCUUAACAAAAUUAUAUUUAUUGUCUCAUUUCAUUUUGAAGAAUUGUUCAUAUAAUAAUAGACUACACUUUCAUGUAUGAUUACUUUCAGUUGAUGGAUUAUACACUUCCUUUUUAUAUUUACGCUUAUUACAUAUGUGUAUAUGUAUAUAUACACACACACAUACACACGCGCGCAUAUAUAUGUAUAUAUACGAAAUGUAGAAUAAUAAAUAUAAUGCUGCAGCUAACAUUUGCAUUGACAUUCAAAAAGCAUUCAUUCGAUGUUGGAUUAUAAGGUUCUAUAAAUUCCAGCAAUGUACUUACAAUUUCAUUAAGUCUGUACAUGAUCAUUUACAAUGUUUCAGUAUCGACAAAGCUUUUUGAUAUAUUGAUAUUAACAACUGAUUUUACCUCGAUGAUUUAUGGUCUAUAUUAUUUUAUAUCAUUGUAAGAAAAAUUUAAACUAGAAAAUAACAUAUUAACAUUAUCGUUUAUAAGUAAAAAACAAAAACUACUUGAGAAAACAAAAAACGAAUCGAGUUAUUGUAUUGUGCAUUAGACACGAAUCAUAUGAGAUUUAUAUUAUCGCAUUUUGUUUGUCAUAUAAAUCUAGAAAAUGCCCAAGAUUGCUACUAUUUUCCAUGUGAGAGAAUAUGCAUUUGUUAAUUGACAAUUUAACACGCAGACGCAUUGUUAAAAAAAACUUAAUGAUAAUGUAAUAAUUCAUGAAUAAAGAAAUAACAAUGUACAUAACAA